AUGACGGAGCAGGAAGUGGACGAGGUCACGACGCCGAGUGUUGUCGUGGGAGCGCGGUGUUACAUUCCAGACGAAGAUGCUGCGUGGCUCCCUGUCUAUGUGGAGGAAGUGGACGAGGUCAAAGGUCUCGUGACCGUGAGGAUCCAACGGGCUCGAGACGAGGACGUACCAAGCGGCGUCUUUGUUGAUCAUGACGACGACGACCGGACGGGGGACACUCGAGUCGUGGCUAUGGAUGUGGGCUUUCCUCUACAGAACACCAAGCUUUCGAACUAUGACGAGGGACUGGACAACUUGAUCGAUCUCAAUCAUCUACAUGAAGCGGCGAUUCUUCGGAACUUGAAGAAGCGCUUUCGAGCUCGGAUGCCAUAUACUUACACGGGAGAUAUCUGUCUUGCAGUGAACCCGUACCAGUGGCUGGAUGAGUUGUACGAACCUGGACUUCACGAGAAGUACAUGCACGCUCAGAAGCAACAGGACGUACCUCCUCACGCGUAUGCAGUGUCCGUCGCAGCGUUCAGGCAUAUGUGUGACAACGGAACGAACCAGAGCAUCCUUGUGAGUGGCGAGUCAGGGGCUGGAAAAACAGAGACGACGAAGAUCUUGAUGGACAACUUGGCCACCAUUGCACCGGCAUCAAGCAGAGCUGCAACGGGUCAAGAGCACAGCAUCACGACACGAAUUAUUGAAGUGAAUCCGCUGCUUGAGAGCUUUGGCAAUGCAAAGACUACUCGAAAUGACAAUUCGAGUCGCUUUGGUAAGUUCACGCAGCUCCAGUUCGACAAGCACCACGCGCUGUGUGGUGCCCAGUGCAUCACGUAUUUGCUGGAAAAGACACGAGUCAUUUCCCAUGAGCGAGGCGAGCGCAACUACCACAUUUUCUACCAGCUUUUGCAUGGUACCACGCCUGAGGAGCGGGAUGCACUGGGACUUGGCGAUGACUGUCCCAAGUUUGCGUAUCUGGAAGAGAAAGCACCUCAACAAGAGUCCCGACCUGGUCGUAAAUCAAAGCUAAGCCCACCAACCCCGUCUGAAGUGCCAGUUGUGCUAGCAGCUGAUACCAAAGACCGUGCGCUGUUUGUAAAGACCCGAAAAGCGCUUGCACUGCUAGGACUUGAGCCUGAUCAACAAGAUGAUCUGUUCCAGGUCCUUUCAGGUGUUUUGUACUUGGGCGAGGCUCAAUUUGUAGAGAACCCUGACAAUGACGAAGCUUGUGACCUGGAAAAGGACUCAAUCGUUUGCUCGUGCUCACUGCUUGGUUUGCACCCGGACACCAUGGCAAAAGCUUUGACUCACCGAACGAUCAAGACUGCUGGCGAGGUGUAUAUGGUUCCGCUCACAGUCGAGCAAGCUCAGUCUGGACGUGAUGCACUUGCGAAGGCUAUUUAUGCCUGCAUAUUCGACUGGCUAGUCGCUGGCAUCAAUGCUAGUCUUGGUGCUGCAGUCCGACUGACUGCCAACACGAUUGGCGUGCUGGAUAUCUUUGGAUUCGAGAGCUUCGAGUACAACUCGUUCGAGCAAUUGUGCAUCAACUAUGCGAACGAGAAGUUGCAGCAGAAGUUCACGGAAGAUGUGUUUAAGGCUGUGCAGGAAGAGUACGAGCUCGAGAAGAUCACGUGGGCUCAUAUCUCGUACGCUGACAACAGCGAGACGCUUGCACUGAUUGAAGGUCGAAUGGGUGUCUUGGCGUUGUUGAACGAAGAGAUUGUGCGUCCUCGAGGGAAUGAGGAAGGCUUUGUCAGCAAGCUUUCGGGUGCUUACCUCAAGCAGAAGAAGCUCAUUGAGUUCCCACGGAUCUCAAAGACUCAAUUUGCGAUUCACCAUUAUGCUGGAACCGUCAAGUACGAAGCUACGGGGUUCUUGGAGAAGCACAAAGACGCGUUGCUCUCGGACUUGUCGGAUUUGAUGUGUGGGAGCCACAAACCGUUUCCUCAAAUGCUGUUCAAAGUGAAGGCCGAGAUCGAAGCUGCUGCUGCUGCAGCUGCAAUGACUUCAAAGCCCUCGUCUUCAGGUGGUCGGAAAAUCGGUGGCGCUCGUAAAGGAGCUAGCAACGCUGGAGCAGACAAGACGGUGGGUAUGCAAUUCAAGCAAUCGCUGACUUCGCUUAUGGGGAACAUCAAAGAGACGAAUGUGAAUUACAUUCGGUGUAUCAAGCCCAAUAGUGUCAAGAGUGCAACGCUGCUGGAAGACAAGAUGGUGGCUAACCAAUUGCGCUGUGCUGGUGUGAUUGAAGCUAUUUGCAUUGCACGUGCAGGGUAUCCGAACCGGUUGCUGCACACGGAGUUUGUCGAGCGCUUUGACUUGUUCUUGAGCGAAACAGAGCAGCUCCAGAUGCAGGAAGAAGAGGAGAAGUGGAGUGCACCCUUUUGUCACGUCUUGGCGAAGCAGUUCAAGCUUGAGACGCCGGAAGAGUAUCAAAUGGGUGUGACCAAGAUCUACCUGCAAAAAGGAGUGCUCGAGAAGCUCGAGCAUGCAAAAGCUCAGAAGCUUUCGGCCUAUGUUGCACGGAUUCAGGCUCAAUGGCGGGGCAGGUGUGCACGCUGCAAGUACGUGGAAUUACGUGGUGCUUUGGUGGUGAUUCAACGGCGAGUGAAAGGAUUCGUCGACAGGUGCCGCUUCCUUCGAGCUCGACUUGCUAUUGCAUUGAUUCAGCGUGUAUGGCGUGGCUACGUUGGACGGUGCGAGUUUCGUGAGCUGCAACGUCAGCAUUGUGCGCUGGAGAUUCAGCGGAUGUGGCGAGGACAUCAGGGACGCAAGCUCUACCUUACUCGGUUGCAUCAAGUCAGUGCUGUGCUGAUUCAGCGCAUGUACCGAGGCCAUAAAGGACGACGUGUCUAUUUUGCAGUGCUACGUCAGACUCGUGUGGUGUCGAUCCAGUGCUUUGUUCGACAAUCUUUGGCUCGCCAGGAGCUCUCAAGACGUCGAGCUGCUUACCUGCUUGCACUUGAAAAGGAGGAACGGAGAAGAGCAGAAGAAGCGCUAGAACUUGCAAGAAAGCGUGCAGUGGAAGCGGAAGAGGAGAGACAACGGAAGCUGCAAGAAGAGCUUGCUCGAUUGGAAGCAGAGCGUCGACUGGAAGAAGAACGGAAGCUGCAGGUGCUCUAUGAAGACAGUGCCGUGCUCAUUCAACGACAUGUUCGUGGAUACUUUGCGCGGUGUUUGUUUGCUGACUCACUGGAAGAAGCCGAGGAAGCCGAGCGAUGUCGUCGUGAAGAAGAGGAAGAGCAAGAACGACUGCGGUUGCAGGUUGAAGCUCAACGUCAGAGAGAAGAAGCGGCACGGGAAAAGGAGCGACUGGCAGAUGAACGCAAACGGAAGGCGAUUGUAAUGCGUCAACGUCGAGAGAAUGCCGUGAAGGCCAUGCAACGGAUCGUUCGUGGGCAUUUGGCCAGGGUGGAGUUUGCAGCGAUCAAGGAAGCGGCUCGAGUGAAGGCAGAAGAAGAAGCGCUUCGAAUGGCGGAAGAAGCUCGACGGAUGGAGGAAGAGACUCGCAGAUUGGAGCAAGAGACCAGGAUCAUGGAGGAACAAGCGCGCAGAAUAGCGCAAGCAGUCAGGAGAAAAGAGGAAGUAGCAGCUACGCGUCUGCAGAGUAUCCAGCGUGGCCGUUUGGCUCGUCAGCAGUUUUCAACGUUCAAGAUUGAAAAAGCUGAGCAGGAACAAGCACAAGAGAUUGCUCGUGCUCGAGCUUUGCAAGAGGAGGCAAUGGCUCGUGCUCGAGAAGAAGAGAUGGCUCGGGCGACACAAGAGCGGGACAACGAGAUUGCUCGUGUACGUGAAGAGAACACGAAGCUGAAACAGCAGCUCGCAGAGCUUCAGAAAGCCAAUGAGGAAUUGGAGGCAGCGGUGGCCGAUUACAAGUGUGAGCGCAAUGUCUUGAAGGCGUCCAACAACUUGAACGAGGUGGAGCUGACGCAGAAACUGAACGUCCAGCGCCAGGAUCUUGAAAGUGCGCGCAGUGCGUACUCGACUUUGUGCGAAUUUGCGGGCAAGAUGGGGAGUUCACGCCGCUUGACUGAACCUGAAGAGCUCAAUCCGUCCGAGAGUUCGUCGACGUCAGGCGACGAUGAAGCUGAGCAGUGGAAAGAGGAUCGACCGACGAUUGAUUCGACAUCUGCUUCCUACUUUGACAGCGAUCGGCCGUCAACAGACAUUGCCAAGCUGCUCAGUAGCAGUGCCUCGCGUGCCUCGCGCCUUGCGAGUGUGAUCCAGCAACGUCGUCAAAAGACGUCUCAAGUGGUCCAGCAGCGUCAACAACAAGCAAGUUCGGCUUUGCAGCAUCGAAAGGAGUUGCUUGCUCAACGGAAGGAGACGCAACGCAAGGAGCAAGCGGUGCAAAGUACAACCCCAGCCGUCACGAAAAGCAAAAGGUGGGCGGGUUUAUCUCGUAGCAAGACUGCAAAGAAGGACAAUGGACCCAUUGAGCUGUCCGACCUUCUUGGGUGA